AUGGUCGUGCAAGGCACUGCGGCCCUGCUUGCCGGAUGUGCUCUCGCUCUUAUCCACUUCGACACUGUUCUCGCCACCAACUCGUCAACAGACUGCGCUCCAGAGCCGCUGGCCAUCACGAUCGGCAAUGUCACGCUCUCCAACAACCAGGUCGCCCGCGGCCUCAGGCUCAGCAUCGGCAGCCCGCCGCAGUCGUUUGCGUUUUUGCCGCAGUGGCCCAUGAACAACAGCUUUGUCUACGGCACCGACGGCCACUGCACGCCCGACCUGUCCAGUGCGGCCUGUACGACGUUCCGCGGCGGCGCCUACGACGCGUUCUCGUCGAGCUCACGCACUGUGCCGGCCGCCGCGGCCCAUCCCGUGGACGCCGCGCCGUAUUCGUCGGUAUCCGUCCAAAACGCCACGGCGUCGACGAGCCUCACCCUCACCGGCUUCCCCAUGGGCGUGCCGCUCAACGACCUGGGCCAGCAGGGCUACCACCCGAUGAACGCCGUCGGCCUGGGCUUCAACUCGACGCUGCUCAGCGCCCUCAAGGCCUCGGGCCGCAUUGCCAGCCGCACGUGGAGCAUGUUCUGGGGCCGCGACGGCGCGGACCAGACGGGGCAGAUGGACGGCGUGUUUGUGCUGGGCGGCUACGACAGCGCCAAGGUGGUGGCGGCGCAAAAGUACACGCUGCCGCUGGCGGGCGCGGCGUCCGUCUGCCCGUCGCGCAUGGUGCUGUCCAUUACGGACCUGGUGCUCAACUUUGCCAACGGCACCAACGCCAGCCUGUUUCCGCGCGCGGCGUCCACGGCGCUGCAGACCUGCAUCACGCCCGACUACCCCGUGCUCAUGACGCUGCCCGCCGACCCCUACUUCCAGGCCCUCGAGACGCUGACCAACACGUCCAUCCCCGCGCGGUCGCAGGGCCUCGCCUUUUUCGCCAACCGCUACCUGCCCGGGGCGGCGCCGUACACGGGCGACCUGACCCUCACCUUCCAGUCGGGGCUCGCGGUGCGCAUCCCCAACGACCAGCUCAUCGUGCCCGACCGCACCAUCGACGCGAAGACGGGCCAGAUCCAGGCCAACAGCAGUGGCAUGGACACGACGAUCCUGGCCAUCCAAGACGUCAACGCCGACGACAUGACGCAGCUGGGCCGCCCGUUCCUGUCGGCCGCCUACGUCAUGCUCAACCAGGACGCCGGCACGUUUACGCUGUGGCAGGCGAACCCCACGACGCAGCGCCGGCUCGUGGCCGUCGACGAGACCAAUGCGGACGUGGCGGCCGUGUGCGCGACGACGAGCAGCGGCGGGAACAAUGACAGCGUCAACGCCACCGCACCCGCCAACGGGACGUCGUCUACAGGUGAGACGACGCCGGGGAGCAGCAGCAGCGGCAGUAAUGCACGCAAGCCGUCGACGGGUGCCAUUGUGGGCGCCGUGGCCGGGGGCGCCGUCGUCGUUGCCGCACUCAUCGGCGUGUCCGUCUUUUACUGCCUGCGCCGUCGGCAGCGGAGACGAACCAUGGCGACUACCUCCGCCGUCGCCGCAGCCGCCGAGGCAGCACGCAGAAAAUUCGACCCGGGACGGCCCGUGACCGAAUCCACAACCGAGCUGACGGGCGAGGCCAUUGCCACGUCGCAGCCACAGCUGUUCCACCAGCUGGACGCCCAGGACGUCCGCGACCUGAAGGAUGCCAAGGCGGGCUACCACUACUACCAGCAGAAUCAGCAGCAUCAACAACAUCCGCCGAUGGAGAUGGAGGACUCGUCGUGUUUCGAGCUGCGGGAUCUGCAGAACAUGGCACCAAGGUACGAGCAGCGACGACAAACGCCGCAGUAUGAGCUGCAGGGGUAG